AUGAAUCAUUUGGUUAUGGCGUAUUUCUUGUGCUCUUGUGCAAGACUGAUGUGGAAAGUCUUCCUGAAAUAGAUGUACUAGAACCAAAAAGAGGAAGAGGAAGGAGAAGAGGAAGAGGGCUGAGAGAGAUGAGAUGGAGACAAAGAGUGAAGACAGCAAUCCAGUCACAAAUGGUGCUUGUUCAGUAAGGUGCACUGAGGAAGUACUGCUCCCUGUCUUCACAGAUGAGAGUCAGCCAGCCGCCACAAUGGAGACACGACACACUCCUGCAUCACACACCAUCUCCCCACUUCUCCCAGAACUCAGACUGGUCUUGCUGGGCAGAAAGGGAGCCGGGAAGAGCUCAGCAGGCAACACCAUUCUUCUGGGAGGAGCAGGCGGGUUCGAGAGCGGAAAGCCCACAGAGGAGUGCGUGAAAAGGCGAGCAGAUGUGGCAGGGAGGCGGGUAACCGUGGUGGACACCCCUGGAUGGGAGUGGUACUACCCGCUCAACAGCACGCCCAACUGGGUGAGGAGAGAAACUUUGCGCAGCGUGUCCCUGUGCCCUCCCGGACCCCACGCCGUGCUGCUGGUGGUGCGAUCCUGCGCCUCAGUGACGGCAGACUUCACCAGCCAGAUAAAGGAGCACCUGGAGCCACUAGGGAAGGGAGUUUGGGAUCACACCAUGGUGCUGUUCACCAGGGGGGACGAACUGGGCCUGGUGUCCAUGGAGCAGCGAAUCCUGAACAGUGGACCGGCGCUGCAGAAUCUCCUCCAGACGUGUGGGAACAGAUACCACGUCCUGGAUAACAGGAGCAAAGGAGAUGGGACACAAGUGAGAGAACUUAUCAGGAAGGUGGAGGAGAUGGUGGAGUGGAACAAGGAGGGAAUCCGACAUUUUGGGAUGGAUAAUACAGUUCUGGUGAGGCUGGAGGCGGACGGGAAGAGGAGAGCGAGGGAGAGGAGGAAGAAGCAGAGGCAGAUGGAGGCGCAGGUGCAGAGAGGGAUGAUCAGAGCUGCUCUGACAAGCGACGGUCUUCAGGCCUCAGAGAUUAACACCCGCCAGUCGUUCUUAAAGGCUCCUCGGCGUCUUCCUGAGCUCAGACUGAUUCUGCUGGGAGAGCGAGAAACGGGGAAGAGCUCAGCUGGAAACACCAUCCUACGGGGCUCAGGCCUCUUCCAAACAGGGACGGUAACAGAGGAGUGUGUCCGCCAGCAAGCGGAGGUGGCCAUGAGACUGGUGACGGUGGUGGACACCCCGGGCUGGGAGGGGGGUGUAGCAGGUGCCACACCAGAGAGGGUGAAGAGGGAGAUCGAGGCCAGCGCGGCUUUGUGUCCUCCGGGGCCCCAUGCACUCCUGUUGACUCUGCGGGUGGACACGCUGGUGAGGGUGGGGCCUGUGAGGGAACAUUUGGAGCUUUUGGGCGAGGGUGUAUGGAGACACACUGUCCUGUUGUUCACCCACGGGGAUCAACUUCGAGAAGGGGUGGAUAUUGAGCAGCACAUCCAGAGCGGAGGCAAGGACCUGCAGUUGUUGCUGGAGAAAUGCAGCGGCAGGUAUCACGUUAUAAGCAGCGGAGACGGAGGAAGCAGAGGCUCCACACAAGUGACAGAGCUCUUGGAAAAGGUGGAAAAAAUGGCCGCGACCAACAGGUGUGAGGCUUUCUCCAGCCUGGUUCAGGAGGUUAAGGAUCUUAGCUGGCAAAGGAACGAGAAGUUCAACCAGCGGCUGAAGGAGAUCGGAGACAAGAUGCUUCGCCAGGAAACGGAGUUGAAAAAGAUGCGGGAGAGAGAGAUGAAAAGCAUCAGGUGGUUCUUCGACAGGAAGAGGAAGGUGAAAUCACCCGGGAAAGCGGACAUCGAAAGGGAGGAUGAUGAAGAUGAGGACAGGAGGGGCGGUGAGAGGAAGAAUGAAAUCGGAGAGCUUGAGGAAAGGAUGAGAUGGCUGACAGAGGAUAAAGAGAGAGAGAUCCAAGAUCUCAGCGCCGACCACGACAGAAUCCUCGCAGCGCUGCACCUGAGAACCCAAGAAAGGGACGAGGCAUUGCGCAAGCUGGAACUAAAAGAGACAGAGAUUGACGAGCUGAAAGAAAGGAUUGAGGAGCUGCAACUGAAGCUGAUCGAUGUUGAAUGCACCAGUGUGGAAAACGAGCAACAGAGGGAGGCCGCAAUUGCAGUCUGGCAACAAGAGAAGAUGAACGAAGUGGAGAAUUUGACAAAAACGAUAGAGCUAUACAAGAAAGAGGAAGCAAAGUGGAUAGAAGAAGUUGAGUCUUUACAAGCAGAAAUAAAUAACUCCAAAAGAUGCUAUGAUGAGGUCAUUUUACAGCAUAAGAGAGAAGAGGAGAAAAAAGCACAAGAAACAAAACAAGAGAUAGCAGAGAUAGAGCAACAGCUGAUAACAGAGAUGGAGAGAAAACUACAGGAAAAGGAGAAAGAAAGGGAAGAAAUGAAACUUGAGAUGCAGAAAGCAUUACAGGAAAAGCAGACAGCUCUUGAGGGCAUAAAACAGCAUGAAAAAGAUAUGGAGAGAAAACUAAAUGAGAAAGUAGAGGAGAUGAAGUCACAACAUCAGAGAGAAAUCCAGAUAAAAAUGCAAGAGAAAGACAAAGAAGUAGACGACAUAAAACUGCGAUGUGAAGCAGAGAUGGCCAGAAAAUUGAACGAAACAGAAAAACUGAUGGAAGCAAAGAGAAUUCAACACCUGGAAGAAACUGAUAGAAGGCUCAAAGAAAAGGACAAAAAUAUGGAAAGGGUCAAACAACAGCAUGCUGAAGAAAUAAGGGACAUUCAGCAAAAAAGCCAAAGAGAUAUUAAAGAGCUGACAGAACAAACUGAAAAAGAAAUCAGGGAAAAAUUGCAAGCAAAAGAGGGAGAAAUAGUAGAGUUAAAGCAAAAGCAUGCUGUCCAAUUAGAGGGAAAAAUGCAGGAGUAUGAAACGGAGAAGGAAAGGUUUCAUCUACAACAGGUAACAGAAGUGGCACAAAAAAUGCAAGAGAAAGAUAAACAGUUGCAAGAGUUAAAAGAAGAGCACAUUAAUGAAAUGGAGAUACAACUGCAAGAAAAUGUAAAAGACAAGGAAAGGAUCAUUUCAAAUCACAAGAAAGAGAUGGAGCAAAGACUGGCAGAGAAGGAAAGCGAGAUUGAGGACAUGAAGCGCCACGUAAAAGACAUGGAGGAAAACUUGGAAAGAAAAGAAGAAGAGCACAGAAAAACUAUCCUUAAUCACAAGGAAGAGAUAACGCAAAGACUGGGAGAGAAGGAGAGAGAGAUUGAAGAGAAGAAAAUGCAUGUGCAAGAGGUACAAGAAAAACUGCAACAGAAACAAAUGAAAGAAAUGGAUCAUUUGAAUUACGUGAAAAACACCGAGCAAAAACUGGAAGAAAAAGAUAGAGAAAUUGUAGAGAUGAAACAGCGUGUAAAGGAAAUGAAUGAAAACCUGCAGAGGAAAGAAGAAGAGAAGGGACAGGUUAUCCUAAAUCAUAAGAAAGAGGCAGAGCAAAGACUCAGGGAUAGAGAAACGGAGAUGGAAAAGUUGAAACUACAGCUUUUAAAUGACAUGGAGAAAAACCUCAAAGACAGAGAAACUGAGGUAGAAAGUAUAAAACAACAAGCCGACUCCAGGGAACAAAGAUGGAAGGAAGAGCAGACAAAGAGGGAUGAAGAAGCGGAACAAAAGAUCAAGGCACUGAGAGAAAUUAUUGAUCAGAAAACACAAGAAAUAGCACAGGCACAGUGUUUGGUUGAACAGAAAGAGAUGGAGAUAGGUGAGGUGAAGAGGUCGUGCGCGAGCCACUUACAAGAAAUCGAACAGCUCAAAGAAAACGAUAAAAACAAAACGUCCAGCCUCACUGAAAUACAACAACGUCACACAGAGCAAGAGAAGAAAAGAGACGCUGAGAUGGCGGGAAAACUGCAGGAGAAAGAAACGGAGAUCGAUAGCUUGAAGCAGAAAGACAAAGACAACGAGAGAGAGAUUGUCCAUCUAAAGCAAACGAUCGAGCAGACAAAGUCACAGCUGAAGGACUUGAACAGCAGGAUGGAAAAGGAGAUGACCGAUAUGAUACAGGGGCAUGAGAGGGAGAUUGUACGAAUAAAUGAGAACAUGGAGUCCAUUGUCAAAGAGAAAGAAAGCGAUCUAAAGCGUUUGCAGCAUGUGGUGGAAGAAAGCCAGCGACAGAUUUCGGACAUCACCAAAAAACACGAGGAAAGCCAAAGGACGGUCAAGGAUCUAAAUGAGGAAAACGAGAAGAUGAGAAUUGAAGCGAACAGCCUCAAAACGAAGUGUGAGGAGCACAAGAAGGAGACUGAAUCACACAGAAAUGCGGCAGAUACUAGAGAGGAAGAGGUUAGAAAACAUCUCAGUGGUUACGAAGAGCAGAUAAGGACCAAGGAAUCUGAAAUCCAAAGCAUUCUCAACGAGCGAGAUUUGGCGGUCAGUGCUCUGAAACAGACAAACGAAGAGCUGAGGAGAGAGAUGGAAAAGAUGAAGGAGAGGGAAGGUGAAAAUGAGAAGCAGCUGAGCGAGUUGAAGGAGCAUUAUCAGAGGGAGAUGGUGGAGAGACAAAACGAGCUGAGUAAGAGGAGGGAGGUGACCGAAGACGAAUUCUUGAAACGGGAGAGGCAGAUCACAGCAAGGGAACGGGAUCUAAAUAGCAGCGUAGAGGAACUGAGCAAACGAGGGCAUGAACUCGAUGCGCAACAGGAAGAGAUGAUUAAAAAAGAGGAAAAGCUGGAAAGUAAGGAACAAGAACUUCAGAAAUGGGAAGCGAAUCUAGAGAUCAAACAGAAGGAGCAGAAAGUAAAAUACGACCAAGAUAUGAACCGCAGGGCAGAGAAUAUCGGCAACAAAGAGAGGAAGCUGGAGAACUGGCUUGGGGCACUGGAGAACAAACAGGAAGAGCUAACCUCUCAUGGUCAAGACCUCCAGAAGAAGGUAAAGGAGCUCAAAGAGUGGGCAAAAGGAUUGGAAGAUAAGGAGGAAUACCUAAGAAAUGAAGAAAAGGAGUUGCUCAGUUGUAAAGCCGAGUUACAGACACAAAAUGAGCAUAUGAACUCUAAAGUGGAGCAGCUAAAUGAAAUGGGGAAAAAAGUGGCAAAGCUACAGGAAGAACUUCAGAACAGAGAGCAGGAUUUGAAGGUUACGCUUAAAAAACUGAGCAAAUGGGAGCAGUGUCUUGAAAAAAGAGAGAAAAGGAUAGAAAAAAGCGAGCUUGGUCAUGGAAAUAGUAAAACAGAGCUCGAGCAUUCAGAUAGAGAUCUAUGUAAUGGACAGAACGAGCUUGACGAUGAUGUUUUUGGCGGACAGAAAUCAAACUUGGCAGUCCAUGGAAAGAAUUUCUUUAAUAUGGACGCUGCAAUUGACAGCCAAGGAGACGAUGCCCAUGUCAUGUACCAAGAGGUCAGGCUGGUGGACGAGCAGGAAAGGAGGGAAGAGGGAAGAGGAAAAGACUCGGACAGAGGCGGAGGCUCAAAAGAUAGGGAAGAUCAGAGGAUAAAAACAGCGUCGUCAGCUGCAGGGAGCAAUUACUGUCAGCUUGAAACACUAAAAGAGGUAGAAACGACAGAGAAAAAGGAAGGGAUGAAAGGGAGAGCGAAGGGAGAGAGGAAGAAGAGGGACAUGAAGAAAGCAGGAGAGGAAGUGGUGGAUGCAAAGGUCAUCAGCAAUUUCAACUUGUUAUCUCCAAGUCAGGGCCACAGAGUCGCAAACAACAAACGCUCCCCUGGGUCAGAAUUGAGGGUGGUGUUGCUGGGAGAGACCUGGUCGUCCCGCCACCCAAAAACAGUCACCGUCCUUGGCGGAGAGUCGCCACACCCAAAUGGAUCUAGCUCCUCCGGGCCUUGGAGAGGUCAGAUCGCAGGACGGUGUGUCGCCGUUGUGGAACCAGCGAAUCUCAGGUGGCGGGACGGGCCAGAUCCAGCAGACACGACGCAGAGGAAGUCGAUUCUAGAUAGCGUCCCACUUUGUCACCCAGGACCCCACGCUCUCCUCUUGGUUAUACCGGCGUUCCUGACCUGCACACCAAAGUACAGGAGAGCGGUGGAGGACCACAUGAGCCUGCUGGGGGAGGAGAUCUGGCAGCGGACCCUGGUGCUGUUCACCUGGGGGGAAACUUUAGGGGAGAGCGUCGAGCAGCAUAUCCUGCGGAACGGGGUCCUAAUGGGGCUUGUAGAGAAAUGUGGAGGGAGGUACCACGUACUGACCAGCAAAAAAAGCAGCUCUCUGAUUGAGGGACUGUUUGAGAAGAUAGAGGAUAUAGCAGCAUCAAACAGCUGAGAGCAAUGUUUGGUUUAGAGCUGCAUGAUGAGACUA